AUUGCGGCAUAUAAUAGCUGUAGCAUCAGCAGAGUCAUUCGGGAAUUUAGAGGGACAUAAAUUAGGUGACUUACAUUAUGUCUACCACUGCCCCUUGUAUAAUGUACAUUUGCUAAAGCAUUAUGAUGACUCAGCGACACAGUGGUAGGGAUUCAUUGAUCUGGGUUUGAGAGUGUAUAGAGAGAGUGCAAAAAGAAAAAAGAAAAGCGGAUGGCUUGACCGUGUUUCAAUUAGUGUAAAACAAUGAUGACCGCAUGAGUCAUUGUGAGAGAAAUGUAUAAAAGUGCCAGAAGAGAACCACCGAACGUCUACUCGCUGCACUCUCUAGAUUCACCAUAAAGUCAAACUGACAGAUCAGAGCCACACUGCAGCAUGGAUUAUCAGCAACCCUUCUGCAAUCCGAGCGUGCCAUUCACAGGCUGUAUCCAGGGAGGUCUGCAUGAGGGGAAGACCAUCACUGUGACAGGGAGAGUCCUGCCAAAUGCCAAGAGGUUUCAUGUGAAUUUGCAAUGUGGCUCAAAAGAAAAACCUGACGUAGCCCUCCACUUCAACCCCCGAUAUGAUGAAUCCAAACACCAUGUGGCCUGCAACACCAUGCUGAGCUCUAAGUGGGGCCCAGAGGAGCGUAAAUAUUAUAUACCCAUGACCCAGGAGGAACGAUUUACCCUCCUGUUCCUGGUCAACCGAGAUACAUAUUCGGUGAUUGUGAAUGGUGCCCACUUCAUGGAGUACCUGCACCGGAUGUCAAUCACCCAAGUGGACACCAUCUUCGUGUCUGGGGACGUGGAGAUCGAAUCCAUUGUCUUCUCCAACUCUGCAGUGAGGACUCCUGAAACAACCAGCAAACCAGACUGUCGUAAUGUGAAUCAGUGGAUGUAAAGAAUCUAGCUAGUGUGGGAUCCUCUAUUUUACAUAAUAGCUAUUAGCAUAUAUAUGAUUAAAUAUGAUCUGAUGUUGGUUGUGUGAGGUGUCUGCAUUUGUGCACUGGAGCAUCAUUAUGAGAUUAAACAACUGCUUGCUACUUGCCUGUUUGUGUGUGACAAGAACUGAGUAACAUGGUGUGACCUGCAUGUUGCAAAACUGUAGAUAACAGCCCAGCAGAUGCUUUGUCCUUGUGUUUGUAUGUAACAAUAUUGAGCAAUAUGGUGUGACUUGCUGUAUCUUACAAAGUUGUGAUAGGGAGGGGUGGUCAUCACAAGGUUUAACUGAGAUGGAAAAAUACUGAACAACACAAUAGCAGGAACUGAGCAACUGUUAUAACUAGGGGGUGAUACCAGAACAGUAGGAAUCUUUCCAUCGACGGAGGGAGGACUCGGGGACCCGCCUGAGUGCCUGCGAUAGGCUGGGCAACUUUAAACCACGCCCAGCCUCUACUGUGAUAGGCCAACAGACGGGUUGGAACUAUGUCUAUCACAGUAUAAGAACUGUUUACGUACAUCCUGUUAGUUCUCUGUUCUGCCCUACGUGGUAUUACAGUGAGCCCGUAUAUACGAAAGUUGCAUUUGCCAUUUAUUACAUAGCUAAUAAAAAAUACAUUGUAUACAA